GGCCCACUCGCCACACCUCCCCCGGCCUGUCCAGCUUCUCUUCUUCCUCUCGACCCCUUCUUCUCCCCUUCUCAUCCCCUUUCACUUCUUCAGCUUCCUCUUCCUAUCAAGUUGCCUUUCACUUCUUCGGUUUGCUCUUCUUCGCCAAGUUAUCAUCCAUCGAGUUAGGCAGUUUAGAUCUUGGAGAAAAGGAGUAGCUAGCUAGGUUCCUUUUCCUUCUCCCGAGCCGGGAGAGAGAAAACAGAGCGGAGAAGAGACACACAGGAACCGGAGGUUGACCGGGCUAAAGUAGGUUGGAGCUCCUGGCUGGGCCUUUUCUCUUGGCGACGACAUGGCGAAGCUCCACUUCUUCCUCCUCUUGCUGCUGGCCGCCGCCGAAGCUAUUCACGGCGAAGAUGGAUCACAUGCCGAUCGCGACAAGACACUGGUCACUACUCUGAGCGUGCACAGCACCGUCUCUCUCUGCCAGUUCUACCCGUUUGACUGGGCGUACAUAGGCGUCAACAUCGGCACGGCCAUGUCAUCGGUGCCGGCUGCCACGCAGAUCACCACGCUGCUCCGCUCGCAGAACAUCCGGCACAUCCGCCUCUACGACGCCGACCCGGGGAUGCUGUCGGCGCUCGCCAACACCGGCAUCCGCGUCAUCAUCUCCGUCCCCAACGAGCAGCUCCUCGCCAUCGGCAACUCCAACGCCACGGCGGCCAAGUGGGUGGCGCGCAACGUGGCGGCCCACUACCCGUCCGUGAACAUCACGGCCAUCGCGGUCGGCUCCGAGGUGCUCUCCACGCUCCCCAACGCCGCGCCGCUCAUCAUGCCCGCCAUGCGCUACCUCCAGAACGCGCUCGUGGCCGCGGCGCUCGACAAGUACAUCAAGAUCUCCACGCCGCACUCGUCCUCCAUCAUCCUCGACUCCUUCCCGCCGUCGCAGGCCUUCUUCAACCGCUCGCUGGACCCGGUGCUCGUGCCGAUGCUCAAGUUCCUGCAGUCCACCGGCGCCCCGCUCAUGCUCAACGUCUACCCGUACUACGACUACAUGCGCUCCAACGGCGUCAUCCCGCUGGACUACGCGCUGUUCCGGCCGCUGCCGCCCAACAAGGAGGCCGUGGACGCUAACACGCUGCUGCACUACACCAACGUCUUCGACGCCGUCGUGGACGCCGCCUACUUCGCCAUGGCGUACCUCAACGUCACCAACGUGCCGGUCAUGGUGACGGAGACCGGGUGGCCGCACAAGGGCGACGCGUCCGCCGAGCCGGACGCCAACAACGACAACGCCGACACGUACAACAGCAACCUCAUCCGGCACGUCAUGAACGUCACCGGCACGCCAAAGCACCCCGGGGUGGCCGUGCCGACGUUCAUCUACGAGCUGUACGACGAGGACACUCGCCCCGGCACCGCGUCCGAGAAGUACUGGGGCCUGUUCGACAUGAACGGCAUCCCGGCGUACGCGCUGCACCUGACUGGCUCCGGCGUGCUGCUGGCCAACGAUACGACGAACCAGACCUACUGCGUGGCGCGGGAGGGCGCGGACGAGAAGAUGUUGCAGGCCGCGCUCGACUGGGCGUGCGGCCCGGGGAAGGUGGACUGCUCCGUGCUGGCGCAGGGGAAGCCGUGCUAUGACCCGGACACCGUGGAGGAUCACGCCACGUACGCGUUCAAUGCCUACUACCAUGGGAUGGGGAUGGGCUCCGGGACGUGCUACUUCUCCGGCGUCGCCGUGAUCACCACGACCGAUCCGAGCCAUGGAUCUUGUGUCUAUGGUGGGAAGAACGGCAGCGCGUUGCUGAACGGAACCUCGCUGGCGCCGUCGUCGAACUCCACCGCGGACUCCGGAUCCCGGCGGGCAGUCGGCGAUGUCACGUCGUUCGUCCGGAUCGUCGUCACCGCGCUGCUCUUGAGCGUCGUCGCUCUGUUGUAGGAUGUGAGUAGUAGGAAGUCAGGCAGGCAGCAGAGUAGGGAAGACGUGCUAUUAGUGACGUGAGAGAUUCUUUUUUGUUGUCAAGUGGAAUUGGCCUCGGUGCUGCUGGGUGGCAAGUGUCAUUCCAAAUGGAACGGGAUGUGGUUUAUGUUGGCUCUUAAGAUAUGAGCUCGUACUCUGGUAUUGGUUGGGAAUUUGGGAUUGUAUUGGA